AGUAUGAUACGCUGGAGCAGAUCAAGUCGCCAUUUUGCGAAAGUAGCAGAAUGAAAUCGCUGGCUCUUUUGUUAGCUUGCGUAGCUCUCGUACGAGCCGGUACCUACCAGGACCGGUUCACGGAACAGUACAACAAAAUCCACGAUUCGAACAAUGGAUACUUCUCUAACGAAGGCAUCCCGUACCAUUCCAUUGAAACUCUGAUCGUCGAGGCCCCAGACCACGGUCAUCAGACCACUUCGGAAGCAUACAGUUACUAUGUCUGGUUGGAAGCCGUCUAUGGGGGUGUAACCGGGGACUUCUCCAAAUUCAACAAUGCUUGGCAGAGUUUGGAAGACCACAUCAUUCCCAAACUCCAACCGACCAACAACUAUUACAAUCCGAGCUCCCCUGCCACUUACUCCGCCGAAUUGGAUGAUCCCAGUCAAUACCCAUCUCCGAUGGAACCCGGUGUACCCACCGGACAAGAUCCUUUGUUCCAGGAAUUGAAUCAGGCCUACGGAACUGAAGAUGUUUAUGGAAUGCACUGGCUUCUGGAUAUCGACAACGUAUACGGUUUCGGUAAUACCCAAGGACAAUGCGAAUUGGGACCCAACGAAAGUGGUGCUUCUCUCAUCAACAACUACCAAAGAGGACCCCAGGAAUCCGUAUGGAGGACAGUUCCCCAACCGACUUGCGAUUCCUUCAAGUAUGGUGGCCGCAACGGCUUCUUGGACUUGUUCGUAGGUGACAACAGUUACGCUCAGCAAUGGAAAUACUCCAAUGCUCCUGAUGCCGAUGCCCGCGCCGUACAAGCCGCAUACUGGGCUGCCCAAUGGGCCAGAUCUGCUGGAAAAAUCAACGACAUCAGUUCCACCCUCACCAAAGCCUCCAAAUUGGGAGAUUACUUGCGUUACGCUAUGUUUGACAAAUACUUCAAGAGAAUCGGCAAUUGCAUUGGACCCUACAACUGCCCCGGAGGUAACGGAAAAGAUAGCGCCCACUACUUGAUUUCCUGGUACUAUGCAUGGGGAGGUUCUUUGACCACCAACGGUGGCUGGGCUUGGCGUAUUGGAGAUGGUGCCACUCACUUCGGUUAUCAAAACCCAUUGGCCGCCUACGCUCUGUCCAACGAAGAAACUUUGAAACCCAAAGGUACCACCGCUGUAGACGACUGGUCUAAAUCUCUCCAGAGACAGUUGGAAUUGUACCAGUACUUACAAACCGAAGAAGGUGCAUUCGCCGGUGGUGUGACCAAUACAUGGAAGGGACGUUACGACACCCCUGAUUCUAACCUUACGGAUGACACUUUCUACGGCAUGUUCUACGACUGGGAACCGGUCUACCAUGACCCUCCAUCCAACAGAUGGUACGGUAUGCAACCCUGGUCCGUCGAUCGUCUGGCUCAAUAUUAUUACGUAACUGGAGACUCCAGUGCUCAGGGAGUUUUACAAAAAUGGGUCAACUGGAUCAUCCCCAACAUCAAAAUCGAAAACGGCGACUUCUCACUUCCAUUGAACUUGGGUUGGCAGGGUGACCCGCCAAGAAUUGAUGUAACUAUCGAAAGCUACGGACAGGAUAUCGGUGCCGCCUCUGCCACUGCCAGGACUCUCGCUUACUAUGCAGCCAAGUCUGGUGACAGCAACGCCAAGAAUGUUGCUAAGCAACUUUUGGACGCCAUCUGGACCCACAACGAAUCCAAGGGUGUGACCGUUGUCGAAACCAUGGACACCUACACCCGAUUUAACGAGAAAGUAUACAUUCCCUCAGGCUGGACCGGUACCUACCCCAAUGGUGACGUCAUUGACGAAUCUGCCACCUUCAUUAAGAUCCGUUCGUGGUACAAGAAUGACCCCGACUGGUCCAAGGUUGAAUCAUACUUGAAUGGUGGAGCGGCUCCGCAAUUCACUUACCAUCGUUUCUGGCAACAGGCUGACAUUGCCAUCGCUAACGGAGUUUACGCAUUGUUGUUCAACGAAUAAAUGGGACUUGUGAUAGGUUUAUUUAAACUCAAUAAAUAAAAAUUAAAAUUAAUUAAAAA